AUGGCAGAAUCCUUCAUUCGCUCGUACAGCACGUACUAUUGGUACAUGCUACCUAUUCUCUACGUCCUAAGGAUGGUCAACGUGUGGCUGACAGUUAUGCUGACUGUGGACAGGUACCUAGCCGUCUGCAAGCCAUUCUACAUGCUCGUCAAUGAUAGGAUCAAGAAAACGCACUACUGCUUCGUCGGCAUCGUCCUCUUUUCCAUUGUAUUCUCCAUACCUAGAUUCUUCGAGGCAGCUCUUAUAAACAGAUGUCUGAAUUGGACGAACAUUUACGAGAAGCCAACCUACACCAUCCUCUACGUUGACAUCCUCUUCACAUUCUUCCAGUAUUUUCUUCCGGGACUGAUCAUGUCCUACCUCAACACCAGAAUCAUCAUCACGUUGAAAAAAUCAAACACCUACAGACUGAGCCAUAUGAACGGUGGUUCAUUCUACUCGACAAUUAGUUACGUCAGUAAGAAUCCGGUUUCGAAAACAAAAUCCCACAGCGCUAAUGAUUUGAAGAGGUAUCCAGAAAUUAAGAAAAAGUCCACAUUAAUUGCUUUUCAAUCGUCGAAAAUCGUCACGAAAAAUGUCUCGGUUGUCGUGUGUAUAUGUGUUGUAUGCCUGAUCUGCAACAUGACAGCCCAAGUUAUGUACUCACUGCAGAAAGGUUUGUUCUUCCGAUACGGCUCCUACGUUACCGUCUGUAAGAUAGUUACACGCUUUAGUAAUAUUCUCGUCACGUUCAAUUCCGCUUCUAAUUUCGUCGUGUUCUGUCUCUGUAGCAAACAUUUCAGGACGAUUUUGAAGAAUUGUCUGAUGAAUAACACCAAAGUAACCAGCCACGUAGCUCCGAAAUCGAAGUACCUCUCCAGAUUAUUCAUAGGUCUCGGCUCGGCUCGGUGGAUUUCCACGAAAAUGUCAUCUGGCCUCUUGAAAAUCGGCUUUCCAUAA